AUGACUCAGUCCACGACCUCCCAUCAUCGUCGCUCCCCUUCCUCUCCUCAUACUAUCAUCCCCAAGUCCAAGCCUGCUGUUCGACCAGGUCUCCAUCGUCGUGGGACCUCCGGUGUCAGCCUAUCCAUUUCCAAGCUGGGCUCGGGCCAUCAUCAUCAUCAUUCUUCUUAUAUCCGAUCUCAUUCACGGGGAAUCAACAAGGCCGACGACGACUUUGAUAUGGCCGCUAGUUUUUUGAAUUUUUGUCCCCCUGCAGAACUUGUCCUGCCCCGUGCAUGCCGGUUGCCGUCAUUUGCAGCGCUGCCGCCGCAAAGACUCAGCAAAACCCCUCUCAGCCUCUCUCCCAUCAACCUCAACCCUCUCCACCAGAAUGUCCUCCACCAACACCAAGACUUAUACCUACUCAUCCACCACCUCCCCACCAACAUCCCCCCUCUCUCCCCGCGCACCAUCGUCGCCCCCAUGACUCCAACAGUCAUCUCCUCCUCCACCCCCGUCCCAUCCAUCAGGAUACCCGCCACCAUCCACGACGGCAAGUCAGAUCUUGACCCCACCGAAUGGAAGCCCGUGUUAGGUGCCCGCACCGACAGCACCGGCUCCACUACCAGUACGACCAGUACUACCAGUGGUAGCUCGCUGGCUACCUCCGACGCAUGGGGCUAUCUCUCCCAAUUCCACGGCGGCUCUUCCACCUUCCUGGCACCCCGCUCGCACCGCAGCACGACUAGCCUGUCCACCCUGGAUGUGACGGGUACACCCUCGCUCACCCAUGCGCCAUCCAUCGCAAGCUCUGUAUCGAGCACUGCAUCUUAUGAACCUGAGCAUGAGCUUGGGCAUCGUCCGCUCCCACCGCGCCAUAACCCGUUCUUCUCGCUCUCGCAUGCUGCGGAGAAAGGUAUGGCGCUGGUUGUUCCUCAGGUCGAGGCUGUUGCUGUCCAGGAUGUGGAGAGUGAUAGUGGCUCGAUUUUCCCGGCUAGUAGUUCCGUCUGGGAAGAUGGGGUUACGACUGCUACGAAGGGUAGUGCGCCGAUCAUGGUUCGUGGCCGGGGUCGUGUGACUAAGGUUUAG